AUGAGCAAUUCAGCUUUACGAGAUAUUAUUCCAUCCAAUGAUGAUGUUUCUAUAAAGAAAACACGACAAAAACAAUUCUCAAGUGUAUUCAAAGUUCUUAUAUUCGUACUUUUUUUGGGAUUUAUUUCCACUGGUAUUGUUGCAUUAUUAUUGAUUCUUGGAUAUUCUGGUAAAUCGAUUUUCUAUCUUAUUAUGCAAUCUUCUCCAGCAAACUCAUUAACAUUAUCAAAUCAAACUCGAACUUUAAUAUUUCAUCAACAAAGUUCAACUGAAAUAUCGGGUGAACAAGAUUUGAAAAAAAUAACUCUUAUACCAAUUAAUCAUAAUCAAGAAAUUCAUACAUCAUCAAUACUGAAAACAAAACAAGAAAAUCAACAUAUAUCAGCAAAUACACAAUCGAUGAAAUUUUAUCCAUCAUCGAAUACAAUAGUUGACGAACAAUUGACUUCUCCAAUUAUGCAAACAACAAUGUUCAAUCGUCAAUCAAUCAUUCUAUCAUCUGUAACAGUAAAACAUGAAGAAUAUGUUGAAACAUCACAAGAAAAUAAAAUAACAACCGUUGAUACUCUUACAUCGACAUUUCUAAUGCCUAAAAUACGAGAUCAUGAAAUGGUGACUCCGGAAGCGAUUCCAUUAACUACUGGUAUUGAUUUACAAUCAUCGACAAAUCAAAAUAAGCAAAAAAUAAUAUUAAAAAAACAUAAAGAAGUUGAUCACGAUGAUAUGAUUGAUGAUUUUUUACUUAUAUAA